UCUCCAGUCAGUUCACUAUCUCUCAAUACAUCUCUCUGUAAAAGUCUAGAGAGAGAAAGAGCAGCUAAAUCAUCAUUCACACACUUCUCUGUUAGAAAGAAAGAGACAAAGAAAAUGACUAAUGAAUGACAACAAAGUAAAGCAGCAAAAGUGGAGAAAAAAGAAAAAGGUUAGAAAAAGCAAUAAAGCAGUUGGUUUUCAGUUGGUUAAUCAAUGGAAUGAUGGAAAACACAAUCCAAUCCAAUCCCAAGGGGUAAUUUCGUCAUUUUGUAGUUUCAUCCAUGCGCUCCGGCGGUGGUGCCGCCGCUUCUGAUGUGUUUGUCGGAAUAACUCUCGCCGCCGGUUUAUUGUGCGGUACUAGGUGAAAAAACCCUAGGAGGUACAGUGAAGUGAAUUAUUUAUUUGAGAAAUAGUUGGAAAAAAUAACAAGUUUUGUAGAUGAAAUCUCUAAAACGAAGUCAAACUUCGUCGAAAUCUACCUCGCCUUCCUCGUCAUCUUCAAAUACAUCGUCGUCUUCACCAUCUUCUUCCUGGAUUUAUUUGAGAUCGGUUUUAUUUGUAGUAGCUUCAUCCUCACCAGCUUCGUGUUCUUCUUCUUCAACCCAUCGCAUUAUUUCCAUUUCCAGAGGUCAUCUUAAAUCGCCAUGGUCGCGCAGAAAAAGAAAACACAUACUAUCAUCUCGUCAUUGGAGAAAUUUGUUUACAUCAGAUGGAAAACUUCGUGAUGGUGGAGUGAAAUUUCUGAAGAAAGUUCGCAGUGGGGGUGUUGAUCCUAGCAUCAAGGCAGAGGUUUGGCCAUUUCUUCUUGGAGUCUAUGAUUUAUCCAGUUCCAAAGAAGAAAGAGAUAUUAUCAAAACUCGGAAAAUAAAGGAAUAUGAGAAACUACGAAGAAAGUGUCUCCGGCUUCUCAAACAUAAUAAUGAUUUCUUUAAGUUAAACGAAACUGGUGAGGCAAGCAAUGGUGACAGUGGAGGUCUCGUUGAAGGCAUCGGUUCCCCCAACUCUGACGAUGUUGUGAGCGCCAGAGAAUCCCUUUCCAGUGAGGAAAGGUUUCCUUAUGAUGAGGACUCAGAUCGUCCUACUAACACAAUGAUGGAUGGAUGUGCUGGUUCUAAACGAGUGACAGAUUCAAAUGUCAUCGCAUUCUCGGAUUCAUCGUACUCAGACUCCUCCGAAGAUCCCGAUGCAAGUCAAACUUUCAACUUCACAGAAAAUGGGUCGGAGAAUGAUCGUGAUAUUCUCUCUAUGGAGGAUUCUUCUCCCUCAAAGAUGGAAGUCCAGUCAGAACCCCGUAGUGCGGAAGAUUUUGCCACCUGGCAGCGAAUCAUCCGCCUUGAUGCUGUCCGUGCUAGUGGAGAAUGGAUAGCAUACUCCCCAGUUCAGGCUACUGUGUCAGAAGGCAAAGCACACCAUUCUGCUGAGGUUGUUGGAUUGAAGGAUUAUGAUCACCUUGAGCCCUGUAGGAUCUUUCAUGCUGCCCGUUUAGUUGCCAUUCUUGAAGCCUAUGCACUUUAUGACCCCGAAAUUGGCUAUUGUCAGGGAAUGAGCGAUCUACUCUCCCCCAUAAUUACUGUUAUGACAGAGGAUCAUGAAGCUUUCUGGUGUUUCGUAGGUUUCAUGAAGAAGGCUCGUCAUAAUUUCAGGCUUGAUGAAGAAGGAAUCAGAAGGCAACUGAACAUUGUUUCUAAAAUUAUCAAGUUUAAGGAUUCACAUCUUUUCAGACACUUGGAAAAACUCCAGGCAGAGGAUUGCUUUUUCGUGUACAGAAUGGUGGUGGUACUCUUCAGACGGGAACUGACUUUUGAACAAACUCUGUGUCUUUGGGAGAUCAUGUGGGCCGAUCAGGCUGCAAUUCGAGCUGGAAUUGGUAAGUCAGCAUGGAGCAGGAUAAGGCAGCGAGCCCCACCAACAGAUGAUCUCUUGCUUUACGCAAUUGCAGCCUCUGUAUUGCAGAGGAGGAAACAAAUCAUCGAAAAGUAUAAUAGCAUGGACGAUAUUUUGAGGGAGUGCAAUGCAAUGGCUGGGCAUCUUGAUGUAUGGAAGCUUCUGGACGAUGCACACAACUUGGUGGUAACCCUCCAUGACAAGAUCGAGACUCCUUUAUGAUGUGCGCAUGUUCACUUUGCUAAUUUAUUUACUCUGAUUAUCCCAGCUUUAACGUGUCAAAAAAGUGUCCGGUAAGUCUCUUGGACUCAAAUUUGAGACACGUUGAGGAAAAAAACUUGUUGCAGGCCGUUUUACUUGGUCGAGUUUUAUAAAGGGGAAUUCUAAGUUAUCUAAAACAUCUUUGUUCUGAAUACUUGAUUUUUUGAGAUGAAUCCAGUGGAUGGUGAACUAAAAUUGUUGAUACUGAUAUAUGAAUUGACUAAUACCAUAUCUGUAUGUUAGGAGGA